AUGUGUCACGGACAUCCUCGACACCACCCAUGCGCCCACACAUCCAUCAACUGGCACUACUGCCCCUCGGCACUCAUCGACCUCGAGACGGGUUAUGAGACGCCUUGCAGCAACAUGUCCUUCGCAGCAGCCCAGCCCACGACGUCCGACUGCCCGCUCCAGAACUGCCACUUCAAGAGCAAAGGCGGCAGCUGGACGUGCUGCGCUUGUCAGCAAGGGCCCAACACCCAAGGCUGGUGCACCAUGCCCUUGAGCAGACUAUCCAUGAACCCCGAGUCUUUCUCAGUCGAGGCUAUAGAGACGACAUGUGAUCACGGGUGCUGCAGCAAAUGUGUACAAUAUGGUUCGAGCCGAGAUGCUUCUCCUGAGAUGACCUUUUCUGAGAUUCGUAAAGGCUCAGCGUCGCGCAAGUUCGGGUACAGCAGCGCCACCAAAUCUCAUCGUCGGGGAUCUGCUUUCUCGUCGCCUGUGUCAGACGAGUCUACGCCGUCCCCAUCGACAUCAAAAUCGAGUUCCGGGAGUUCGGGAUAUAAGGUUGGGUUGGAGUAUACAUCGAGCAAGACGAAGUCGAGCAAGAAGCGACACAAGAGCAAGCGGUAG